AUGGAUUGGCACGCGGCUCCAGUUUACUAUACUGAUCAGGGUGUUGGAGUACCAGGUGCUGAAGAGCAAAGUGGAAAUGUUUCUAUCCAAGAACGGCGAAUCAUUGAGUUCUUGCUGCAGUUUCGCUCAGCUCCAAACGUGUUCCCUUAUCGCGAUCAGCUUGUGCGCCAGCUGCACGCUCGCAAGCACUGGAUUCAGAUCAAGAUAGAGGACGUGUACGCCUUUGAUGAAGAACUGGCUGGGUAUAUUCGCCAAGCGCCUAACGAAUGGAUAGAGCGCUUGGAGCAAGCAGUCGAUCGGGUGGUACGUCGGCUGCGGCUGCCGCUGGACCACGAGAUAGGCGGUGUUUCGGUGCAGGUGUUGCUGCAGUCCCAGGAGAACGCAUUUCCGUUGAGGGAACUCCAGUCCGAUCAGCUGGGGCGCCUUGUGCGUGUACAAGGCAUUGUUAUUUCCGCUUCAAAAGUACGCGCGAAAGCGCAGGUCGUCUGGUUACGUUGCCAGCACUGUGACUACCGAAAGAUGAUACGUGCUUCAGUGGGAUUCGGUGGUUUCCAGGUGCCCCGCCAAUGCGAUCGUGUGACGGAAAUGCGUUGCCCUCUGGACUCGUAUGAGGUGAUGCCGCAUGAAAGCGUGUUUGUUGAUCACCAGACAGUGAAGCUGCAGGAGCUGCCCGAGUCGGUACCCACUGGGGAGGUCCCUCGAUCGCUCCUGCUCGUUCUCGAGCGGAAUCUGAUUGAUAGAGUAGCUCCUGGUGAGCGCGUCAGCGCUGUCGGUGUUUACUCGACAUACGCCAGCACUCGUGAUCGGAGCAGUCGUUCUGUGGCAGCUAACAUUGCCACAAGGGCUAGCGGACCAGACCUUGUAGCAGCGGUGAGAACUCCGUAUAUCCGAGUCCUCGGCAUUGAUGCUACGCAGGAAAGACGUGACCGUCAUCCAGGCUUUACCCCGGAGGAAGAGGAAGCCAUGCGCAGCUUGAGUCGACUGCCAAACGUGUACGAAGUCUUGGCGGCGAGCAUUGCCCCAGAAAUCUGGGGUCUCUCCGAUCCAAAACGUGCGGUAUUGUGCCAACUAUUCGGUGGCUCUCGUAAGACGCUUCCAGACGGAAUGAGAAUUCGAGGCGAUAUCAAUGUGCUUCUUCUGGGCGAUCCGUCUACCGCAAAAUCACAGCUGCUCAAGUUUGCGGAGAAGGUCGCACCGGUCUCCGUGUAUACGAGCGGCAAAGGCUCUUCCGCCGCAGGGCUGACCGCCUCUGUUAUUCGAGACGCCACGCAUGGUGAAUUCCAUCUCGAAGGCGGUGCGAUGGUGCUAGCUGACGGUGGUAUCGUCUGCAUUGACGAGUUUGACAAGAUGCGCCUCGCAGACCGUGUCGCCAUCCACGAGGCCAUGGAGCAGCAGACCAUUUCCAUCGCCAAGGCCGGGAUCACCACCGUGCUGAACUCGCGCACGGCAGUUUUGGCGGCAGCGAAUCCUCUUUUUGGUUCGUUUGACGAUACGCGCACUGUAGCGGAUCAGAUGGAGUUUGCAUCCACGAUUCUUUCUCGUUUCGACCUCAUAUUUCUGGUCCGCGACGUGCGCAAUGAUGAACGUGAUCGAACGAUUGCCCGACAUGUACUAGCGCUGCAUCAACGGGGCCACAGUCUGCGCCCGCAGGGCUCUGGACUCGAUUCGGCUGGUGAUAUCAGCGAUUCAGGAAUGCUGUCUUUGUCACCGAACGGUGCUAGCGAGUUCACCUCCAGCCAGAUGCUGAACGCCGUUGGUCUUGUCCCGAUCGACAAGUUGCGUCGCUAUGUCGCCUACGCCAGACGCCGUUGCCGACCACGCCUCUCCGCAGAGGCUGCUGACCUACUACGAACAGCGUACGUGGCAGUACGCCAGGAGCUGCGCGAUCGUACGGCAGAUGGACCGACUCCUGUACCGAUUGCGGUACGCCAGCUGGAAUCCCUCAUCCGCUUGACCGAGGCGUUGGCCAAGAUGCGCCUGAGCGAUCUUGCAUCAGCUGCUGAUGCCGAAGAGGCACUGCGGCUUUUCCGAGUCGCCACCAUGGCCGCAGCGCACGCAGGUGCGCUACCUCCUGGUGCCUUUGAGGGUACCCUGAGCGGGGAAUUUCUCAUUGAGGUUCAAGCAGCCGAAGCAGCAAUUCGGCGGCGCAUCGCCAUUGGUUCCAUGCUCGCUUUGAACCGGCUGGUACGUGAACUCACCCAGCAGCAUCUGUCUGCAGCGGCGACCCAGCGGGCGAUCCAGAUCAUGCUCGGGCGACAGGAGCUCGAAUGGCGUCGACAACGGACAGUACUGUGCCGUUUACGGUGA